GCGGCUGAGGUUCCCAGCGGCGGUUUAUUAGUUGUCCCGCGGAUUCAAUUCGCUGCUGGAGAGAUGUGGAUGUGAUGGGCGACCAGGGUGGAUUUUUUGGAGUGUCUGCAGAAUCUCUGAGCUACAAUCCUUAGUGAAACCUGUAGGAUCUUCAGUCCUGACCCCAGAAGCUCCAUUUGAGUCCAUAGACCCUGCCAGACUUGGAGAACCCAGGAAGAACAAGAGGUCAGCAAGAGAGCCCUGGGGCUGAGCUCCAGUGUGAACAUGGCGGCCAGUGGAGACUCUGUCCAGCCAGAGGGACGUGGCAACACCUGUGAGGUACUUGUGUCAUUUGAGGACGUGAUUGUGGACUUCAGUAGGGAGGAGUGGCAGCAACUGGACUCUAAUCAAAGAUGCCUAUACCAUGAUGUGAUGCUGGAGAACUACAGCCACCUGCUCUCAGUGGGGUUUGAAGUUCCCAAACCAGAGGUCAUCUUCAAGUUGGAACAUGGAGAGGAACCCUGGAUGUGGGAGAAGAAAACCCCACAUUAUGGUUGUUCAGGUGGGACAUUUUGGAUGAAGAACUCAGAAGAAAGAAUUUUUGGGAAAACUGCAUUUCAUAGGGAAAUUGAGAGUGGUGAUACAAGGAACAGCUCAUUGUAUUCCAUUUUAGAAGAACUGAGCCAAAAUGCUGAGCAGAUCAAAAGAUAUCAGGAACAACAGGACAGCUCUCUGAGUCACACUGCUUUUGUUAAUAAGAAGAUAUUGAAUAUAGAGUGGAAUUAUGACACUGCAGACAUUCAUAAACGUGUUCAUCCAAGCCUAAAUCUUAUUUCUUCACAGAAAAGACCCCAUAUAUAUGAAUCAUUUGGAAAGGAUUUUAAACGUAAUUUAGACUUAAAUAUUCAUAAUGAAAACAAUGUAACAAAGACUUUUGAUGAAAGUAUUGGCCAUGGUCAAAUUUUUGCCCAAAGUACUCCUUAUACUGCCCAUGAAAAUGUGUACAAGGAAGCAAACUUUUGUGAAAGCGAUCAAUGUGGAGAAGUCCUCAGCUUCAAACAUGAACUUGGUCAAAAUCUGAAAUUCCCUGUCAGGGAAAAAGCAAACACAUGUGCUGAAUUUGGGAAGACCUUCACUCAAAAACACCCCUUUGUACCUCCAAGAGUUCACACUGUAGAAAAACCUCAUGAGCUUAACAAAUGUGUAAAUGUCUUUACCCAGAAACCACUACUCAGUAUAUAUCUAAGAGUUCAUAGAGAGGAAAAACUAUAUGUAUGUACUAAAUGUGGGAAGGCCUUCACUGAUAAUUCAGAAUUAUUGACUCAUGAGAAAACUCAUACUAGAGAGAAACCAUAUAAAUGCAGUGAAUGUGGAAAAUCAUUUUUCCAGCUGUCCUCUCUACUUAGGCAUCAAACAACUCAUAGCAGAGAAAAACUUUAUGAAUGCAGUGAAUGUGGGAAAGGCUUCUCCCUGAACUCAGCUCUCAAUAUACAUCAAAAAAUCCAUACUGGAGAGAGACAUCACAAAUGCAGUGAGUGUGGGAAAGCCUUUACCCAGAAGUCAACACUCAGGAUGCAUCAGCGUAUUCACACAGGAGAGAGAUCCUAUAUAUGUACUGAAUGUGGGCAGGCCUUCAUCCAAAAGGCACACUUGAUUGCCCAUCAAAGAAUUCAUACUGGAGAGAAGCCUUAUGAGUGUAGUGACUGUGGGAAAUCUUUUCCUUCUAAGUCCCAACUCCAGAUGCAUAAGAGAAUUCACACAGGGGAGAAACCCUAUAUAUGCACUGAAUGUGGGAAGGCCUUCACUAAUAGGUCAAAUCUCAAUACGCACCAGAAAUCUCAUACUGGAGAGAAGUCUUAUAUCUGUGCUGAAUGUGGGAAGGCCUUCACUGACAGGUCAAAUUUCAAUAAACACCAGACCAUUCAUACAGGAGAGAAACCCUAUGCCUGUACAGAUUGUGGGAGGGCCUUCAUCCAGAAGUCAGAGUUAAUUACACAUCAGAGAAUGCAUACUACAGAGAAGCCUUAUAAAUGCCCUGACUGUGAUAAAUCCUUCUCCAAAAAACCACAUCUGAAAGUACAUCAGAGAAUUCACACAGGAGAAAAGCCAUAUAUAUGUGCAGAGUGUGGGAAGGCCUUCACUGACAGGUCAAACUUCAAUAAACACCAAACCAUUCAUACUGGAGACAAACCCUAUAAAUGCAGUGACUGUGGGAAGGGCUUCACCCAGAAAUCAGUUCUUAGUAUGCAUCGAAAUAUUCAUACAUGAAGUAACACUUUCUUAGAAAUGAAAGAGUUUUAUCACAAAAGUCAGUCUAAGUAUGUAUUGUAAAAUACAUCCAAGGCAGAUACUAAAUGAAUACACUGUAUGAGGAAAAGCAAUAACAAGGCUGUAUUAUCUGAGAUGAGAGAAAUUAUUCAGAAAAAAAACCCUCUUAGAAUGCAUUGAAGAAGACAGAAUUUCUAUAACGUACAAUCUUACAAAAUGUAGUAGAACUCAUGUGGAAAAACUAUCCUUUUGAUGCCAUUGAGAAAGUCCUUUCUAUAUGAAGUAUAGUAAGGUAAAUUGUUACUCAUUUUUUUAUAGGAAGGAGGGUACAAAAUUAUGUGACAGUGUUUACUGUAUUAUAGUAAAUAUUUCAAAGUAAGAACAAAAUGAAAGGUUAGAUAAGAAAAUAUAUUUGAUGUAUACCCCUACUGUCAGUUCUAUAGGGUGCCUGUGGCAGAAUACAUUGCAUAGCAGAAGUAAUUAAAUUGAAAUUUUUUCUUCAAAUCUAGAAUAAUUGGGUCCAUCAAAUAUGUCUAUUGCAUGUUUCUAUUGAGUGAGUCUGUGAGUUAAGUCAUUUUAGUUUUGUAUGUGCACACGUCUGCAGAAAUGAUUUUACAUGGAUACAUAAAUAUAACUGUAUCAUUCACACUGUUAUCUGUGACAUAGUAUUUCUGUCUUUCAUUGUAGUACAAAGCAAAAGGCCACAGGUUCCUCCCAUACUUUUAUGCAUGCCCCUUUGCAAUGUUCCUUUGCUGUUAUGAAGAAGUAGCUCCCUUUCUCUACACUUUGGCUUUAAACUUGACCAUGUCAUUCAUUUUGGCCAAUGGAUAUUAGCAAAGAGAUUUAAGAAGAGUCUUGAGAAGUGUGACAGUCUGUCUUGAGACACCCUUUCUUGCUGCUCUUUGGAAUCCUGAGGCCUCUGUGUAAUGAAACUCAUACUUCCCUGCUGGGGGAAGAGAACAGGAUAUAGAACAGAGGCAAGCCAUCCCACCAAGGCUCCAGAGACCCCCCGCAAGUAGACUGCCAACUAUCAGACAUUGGAGUGAGGCCUUCCUAGACCUUCAGCCCUAGCAAAUCCAGUUUAGCCCAUAAUAGUCAUUCCAGAUAUCCCAACCAAUGUGCAAAAUUAUGGUAUAAAUCACUGUUUUAAGCAGUGUGUUUUGGGGGUAGUUUGUCACAUACAAAUGCUAAGUAAUACUUAAAAGUAUAUAUGUGUGGAAUGUAUUACACCCAAGCAUAAUGUGGCAUUGGCUUUGGGCCUGGGAAGCAGGUGGAGACUAGAAAAACAGUGAGGAAAACUGUUAGCAAAGGCUGGAAAAGACGGCAACCCACAUCAUUUAGUAGGAAAAAGUGGCAAAACAGUUGUCAUGCUCUGUGGGAAGAUAGAGAAUGAGUCACAUGAACUUGUGGAUCUGACUAAGGAGACUUUCAACAGAAUAUGGAAAGUGUCAGUUUGCUUCUUUCAGCUCCAUAUACAGAAAUGAACUAACUAACUGUUCUGCUGGCAAGCAGAAUCAGAAGAGAUACAAAGAAGCCAGGGCUGAGUUGGGAAAUAACUGUUUCACAUAGCUCUUCUCUCCAACCAUCAAAAUAUACUCAAAGUAGAAAAUGACUUCAGGGUAAAUAUCAAAUCAUGGAUGUGUCUGUAAGACCUUUUAUUGUGAUGUGUGAGACAUUGUAUUGGUUCUUGGGAGAGUUGGCUAAACUAAUGAGCAUCUAAAAAUCUUUGUGAUAUUAUCCUACUGUACCUUGACCCACUGCUCUGAGAAAAGCUUAUCUUAAAAGAAAUUAUUCAUUGUGGCAUUUGGGGCAUGAAGUUGGUCUAACCAGAUUCAUAGGAAACCAAUAAGGUUUUACCAAUAAAACUACCUCCAGAUUGAACUGAAAGUGUCUGAAAUAGUUAAAAAUGAAAAAAGGACUCUGGGCUUCCCUUCCUAACUUUUACAAAAGGAUACAAGCAGAAAAAGUUAUUCAGCUGCAAGAAUGGACGGUCUCUUAUGAGAAAAUACAUCUCAGAGGGAAGACCCAAGGACGAUAUAUUAAAUGGAUUGGGGAGCCAUCCCCAGGGACACCUGUGAGAUAAUCAAGAAGCACUAUCUGCCCUUGCAGCAAGGGGUCCUACUAGCAUCUGCUCUGUGGGAUUUCAAAACUGUUAUAAAAAGGUGACUGACAAGUGUCUCUUGCCUCUCUUUUUGAAAAAAAUAUCUAUCUCAGUUAUUUUAUCUAUAUAUCCGUAUAGAUGUACGGGAGAUGGUGUCAUAGCUUGGCAUUUAGCUCAUAGGUUUCUGGAUCAGGAAACUGAAAAACUAUGGCCAAAGAACCUCAGUCACAUCUGAACCUGGUGCAAAGACCAAAACCCUAGAUUUGAGCCUGAUGCCAUCAUUUUGGAUGAAAUAUUUGGAGAUCCUGGAAUGGAACUAAACAUACAUUGCAUGGAGGGGUAAUGUGAAUAAUUUGUAACCAGAAGAUAGACUGUGUUAGAAAAAUGCUACAGAAUUCUCUAUGUAUGUGGCUUUCAUCCUUUGUCUUUGUAUUUCAUUUGGAAUAAUUUCUGUUGGUUUAUCUUCAAGUGCACUGAUCUCCACUCCCACCCUAGCUGUUUCAGAACUACUGACCCAUUGAUGGCAUUUUCAUCUCAGUUGUUUUCUCAUUUACUUUUAGUAUUUCCAUUUGAUUCUUAACUAUGUGUGUUUUUCUGUUGAAUUCCCCAUCUGUUCAUGCAUGUUGUUUCUGUUUUCUGCUAUUUCAUUUGUCUUAGUUUGGACUGCUCUAAAAAAGCACCAUACAGUAGGUGGCUUAUAAACAAUACAAAUGUGUUUCUCAUAGUUCUGGAUACUGGAAGUCUGAGGUCAUGGUGAUAGUAUGAUUUGGGUUCUGCGGAGGACCCACUUCUGGGAUGCAGGCUGCCAACUUGUCAUUGUAUCCUCCCUUGAGAGAAAGACAUAGAAAGCCCUCUGAAGUCGCUCUUAUAAGGAAACUUGAUGAGAAAAUUUUCUGAGAAAUUUAUGAGAAAAUCCUUAUGACAUAAGUACUUCACAAAGACCCUACCUCCUAAUGCCAUCACGUUAUAGACUACAUUUCAGCCUACAAAAUUUGAGGCAAAACAAACAUCUAGUCUGUAAUACAUUUUACAUAUUAAUCAUAGUUAUUUUAAGCUCCAUGUAUAAUAGUUCCAGCAACUGGGCCACCAGCUGGGUCUUUGAUUGCUUUAUCUCUUGACAGUGGAUUGCUUUCUAUUGCUGUUUUACAUCUAGUAAUUUUUUUUUGCAUCUAGUAAUUUUUGACUGAAUGCUGGACAUUGUAUGUAGGCUAGUAUACAUUGAGGUAAAUAAUAUUUAUUCCUGGAAAUAAGCAUGGCUGCUCUUCUGAUAGACCACUGUCAUGGCAGGAUUGAGUCCAUCUAGUCAUCAAUUGAACUGGCUUUCUGUUUUACUGAUAGUAUUGUGACUUCAGAGCACCAUAGACUUCAAAUUAUUCUAAUGUUACCUUAUGUUUAUACCAGACACUGGUGUCUCAGAGAAUUUUCUCAAUGAUCCUGGACCAUACUUGCCUUUAGGCCCUUCCUGUGUGCCUGCAUUUCAGGGAAGGUCUCUUUCCAUACUCUUGCUUCAUCCUUAGCAUUAGGUUGCUGUUCUUAAUUGGUUCUUGCUGACCUAUGGGGAGGAAGGGGCAAGAGUUACUUUAUAUUCCUGGGUCUUUAAGGCUGGGUUUUUCUCAUUGAUCCUACCCCUUAUGGUCUGGGCCCAGGAUAAUUUCCUCUCAUUUCAUCAUGGGUAGAAUUUUUUUUCCUUUUCCCUUCCUCUCAUCACAUUGAAUCUUCAACCUGUGUUCUAAGGGCAAGAGUUAGAUGUACUGUCCCCCGUAGUUACGGAUUUUGUUCUGCAGGAUAGUACAGUCACAUUGGGGCUUUGGAUUAUUUCUGUAUCGGCAGCCUUUCUCUUCCAGGGCUAUACCAUGGACAGAGGCUUUCUCUAGUUUUUCACUCUCCUCCCAGUGUUUCCUUGUGAGCAUCCAGCAGAGGUCUGUGGUGGGAAAAGCCUGAGAGUGUGUAGACCUUUAUGUCUACAGUUCUCAAGGAAUCUGUAUCUUCACACUCUCUCACAUUCCACUUUUAGAAACUCAUAAAAAAAACUCUCGCUGAAUUUUUACUGUUCCUAUGGUGGCCUCCGUUGUCCUGCUGUGCCACAGGUAACCCAGUGAUAACUGUCUGCCGUCUUC